AGCAAAGCCCCAGAAAGAAAACCACCAGACAAAACCUUUUCCAGUUAAGUCAGGCCGGCUGCCCCAGGUGGCGGCGAUGGCCGUGGUCCGGUGGCGGCGCUGCUAGUAUUGCCAUUCGCUCUCUUAAACUUUUGAGACGGUACACGAAAGGUAUAAACUAACAACUAUCUUCACCACGGAAAAGGGAAACAUAAACUACAAAGAGAGAAUUACACUAAAACGAAACAAAACGAAAUCAAAAGUCGAACAGAGAAAGGAAGAAGAAAGAAAAGGCAUACUUUGAGAGAGGGAAAGAGUGAAAAGGGAAUUGAUUCGAAGCCCCCAAGAAGCUCUCAAGCCAUCUUUGGAGGGGGGGAAUCUGGUCUAUGGCAUGCCAACAGAAGAAGCAUUGCAUCGAAGGAACUGGAAUUGAGGUUGUCGUCGUCGUCGUCGAGGUUGGUGCUUUUCUUCGCUUUGUAUUAGUUGUUCACGCUAAUUGGGGUCCCUAUUACUACAAAUGGAAUCCUCCUUCGCCUUUUCCUCCUCCAAAGCAAUGGGGAGUUCUUCUUUCUUCCUCUUCUGGUCUCCUCUCCUCUUCUCACUUAUCUUCAUCUCUCCUAUAGCAAUAAUGACAGUGCAAGCAUUUACUGGAACUUAUGGAAUAAAUUAUGGCAGGAUUGCUGAUAAUAUCCCUCCUCCUGAAAGCGUUGUGACCCUUCUCAAAGCAGCAAAAAUCAAGAAUGUUAGAAUUUAUGAUGCUGAUCACAGUGUCCUCAAGGCCUUUAAAGGUUCAGGCCUCGAAAUAGUGGUUGGACUUGGCAAUGAAUACCUCAAGGACAUAAGUGUGAAUGAGGAACGGGCCAUGGAUUGGGUAAAAGAAAAUGUUGAGCCAUUUCUCCCUGGGACACAAAUCCGUGGGAUCGCUGUGGGGAAUGAAGUUUUAGGUGGGAGUGAUCAGGAUCUCUGGGAAGCUCUAUUGGGUGCAGUAAAGAAUGUUUACAAUGUCAUUGAGAGGCUUCAUUUGACUGAUGUGAUUCAGAUCUCAAGUCCGCAUUCAGAGGCAGUGUUUGCAAAUUCCUUUCCUCCAUCCUCGUGUGUUUUUAAGGAGAAUAUCCUUCCAUACAUGAAACCACUUUUGGAGUUCUUCUCACAGACUGGUUCUCCUUUCUUCAUCAAUGCAUACCCGUUUCUGGCCUACAAGAAUGAUCCUGAGCAUAUUGAUCUUAACUAUGCUCUCUUUCUGCCAAAUCCUGGGAUCCAUGACCAGAAGACUAAUAUUCACUAUGAUAACAUGUUUGAUGCUCAGCUGGAUGCUGCUUAUGUGGCUUUGGAGGAUGCUGGAUAUGGAAAGAUGGAAGUCAUUGUUUCAGAAACUGGCUGGGCUUCUCAUGGGGAUGAAGAUGAAGCUGGGGCUACAGUUAAGAAUGCAAGAACUUAUAACUAUAAUCUGCGUAAACGGCUAGCCUUAAAAAAGGGAACCCCAUUCAGACCAAAGAUGGUAGUAAAGGCAUAUGUCUUUGCUUUGUUCAAUGAAAAUUUGAAGCCUGGGCCAACCUCUGAGAGGAAUUUUGGACUAUUCAAAGCUGAUGGAAGUAUUUCAUAUGAUAUUGGGUUUACAGGACUAAUACCUUCAUCUGCAGCUUCAUCUCUUCUAUCUGUGAAGGACAUCCAAGCUCGAGGCUGGUUCGGACCGUACUCAAUGGUUUUGAUAUCAUGUGCUUCAUUGCUGCUUCAAAUUUUAAUAUCAUGAUUAAAUAAAAAAUCGGAGGGGACCGACCGCAUUGGUGGGGGAAGAAGACUCAAGGCAACGUUUCAUGACUGGGACUCUCCGGCCACUGGAUUCCACAAAAGAUAUCUCCAAUCAUCUUCUGGKUAGUCAAUGAGAACAUAUAUAACAACUCCUACAGGCUGGAUGGUCGUCAUCAUCACUGAUUUGCCUUCAUUUCUGACCAUACUCUCCUGGGCGGAGGGCAGUUGAGCCUUCAACCAAAAGCUUGUUUUAGAUGCAUACUGAUAGGAGCUUGAAAAGGGUGUCCUUCGUAUUUUGGAUCUUGGAUUUCGUCCUCACACAGCCCUUGCUUCCGUGCAUUGAGAACAUCUCUACAUUUGUACAUUUUUAUUUGUGGGAGAUAUUCUCAAUGCGCAACUAUAAGAGCUGUGAGUACAGUGAGAGGAUGAAAUCUAAAUUCUGUAUUUUGUAAUUGAUUCAUAUUUCAUCAUCAUCUACGCCUUGUCCCAACUAUAUUAGGUC